GAUCAACAUCUACACACGAGGGAGUUGUUAUAUAGGGCGGUAAGUGCCGGACCUCAUUAACCACCCUCUAUUCGGCUCAGAUUUUACCUCAUAUCAAACCCCUCAAGGUCGGUCCCGCCCAUACGCCGUAUGCAAAGCUUCGCCACAGUCUGAAAUGCUUCGUCAUGCUUUCCUGAUCUCGCACAAAGAGCAAAUAAAAUCUUCGGAGCGAUCAGUAAACUCGCUGGGCCACCUUGAUCGGCGUCGUCUAGAACUUUCACCAUUCACCGUGAAGACACUGAGGUGGUCAAAACGUCCAUCACUUCAUUCGAAACCUGCAGCGAUAAUUUUUCCCGCCGAUUUCCAUCAACUUCUUCAUUCCUCCCGCAAUCACGGCGUGUCGCCGCCAUCCUCUUCGAGCAACGUCCCCCCCCUCGUCCAACUCUUCUAACCCAGCUCCGCCAAUAUGACUCUCCUUUUGCUGCGCGCGUGCGACAUUGCCGAGAAGUGGACUCGCGAGGUCGCUGUCAAUGACCUAUCCAAUAUGAUUCCAUUCCUUCUCGUCAUCGGCGGAGACCUUGUUCAGAAAGCUUUGGCUCAGCUUUCCGGUGGAAUCAUCGCACCAGUUCCGUUUAGCAUUGGCUGGGUCCCGUACAUCUUCUCUGCUAUGGUGUCUAUCUUCAGUGGCGAGGGCGCCUGGCUGACUUCUCGCCUAAUGAGAGACCUCGAGAAGAUGGCGUUGGAUGUGCCCGCAGAUUACGGAUUACGCGUUACUAUCUAUCGCACCGCAGGUUCCCCAGGCAAGCCGGAGAAGGACUGGGUCUGGCACUCUGGAUUGCUCACCAUCCUGGUCCAGCUCGUGGUGGCUUCGAUUCCCCUCGCUCUUCAUGGAAACUGUAUCCCGAUUAUCAUGAAACUUUACUUCUGUGGACGAUUUUCAUAUCUCAUUGAAGUACUUCAGACCGUGGUAUACCCCGGCCAGAAACGGCGUUGA